AUGUCUCAUCUAGCGAGCCGAGCGGAAGACGACUUUUUUGCUUUUUCAGAUGAGCCUGUAGCCCCACCAAAGAAGAAACGGAAGAAGAAGGAUAAGAGGCCCAAGUCUGAGAGCUCCACUGUGGACGUAGAAGUCCACGAGCCCGAAAAGGGGCCCAAAGAGUUCGCCAAGGAGGAAUCUGCAAAAUCUGAGUCUCCCUCGAACAAGGCACAGUAUGAUAACCUGAUAGAGGAGUUAGGGCUUCAGACUGUGGAGGAAAAUGUUAAGAAGAGCGUGAGUGUGAAGAUGAAGAAAAUCAAGACUACUGAGACAAACAACGAUGAUCAGUUCCUCAAAGAGCUCGAUAAGGACAUUGAGCUGACGCAGCCCGACGGCGAGCUGGAUGAGAUUUUACAAAAAUAUAGCUCUUCAGAGCAUUUGGUGACCCUAAAUGGCCGACAGAUACCCAUCAAGCAGGCACUAUUCGCUCUCACCGUGGAGGUCGCUUUGGAAGACGAUGAACAAAUUGGGUUUCAUCUUCGUGUUCGUAGCAAUGCACAGUUUAAGACUAUUUUGCGCGAAAUACUCAAACAACUGGAGUUACACAACAGGAAUCUUCCUUCUGGCUGGACAGACGACAUCGAAUCUCUCGUAUUCUACGUGCAGGACCACGAUAUAAUUCUGACCCAGGAUUUGCGGGUCGGGUCUCUGCUGCUCUCUGGUGCACAGCUGCCCGUAAGUGACGCUGGAGAUGCGUUUGCGAUCACCGCGGUCCUAACUCAAGAGGUCAUGGCCCGCAAACAAAGAAGAGAGGCUUCGCUGGAGAAACUGGCUCAGUCUCAAGAUCAAACGGAGGAUCUGGACGAAGAUGAACUGAUUGUAAUUAUUUUGGAUCCCCAGAAAAAUAACGAAAAGACAUCGCUCUCUGCAGAGAAGGGAACCACGGUGAAAGAGCUUCUGGAUAUUUUUUUAGUGCGCAUGAAUUAUCCGGAUAGCUUGAAAAUUGAGCUUAGACGCGAUGGUCUGGUGCUUGAUAAAACCAUUCCAGUAGAUUUACAGCUGAAAAAUAAUGAUGUCGUUGAGGUGGUUUACAACCUGGAAGACUUGGAAUCUUUCGAGGAGCAGGAAAUCACCGUCAUUAGCGACGAGGACGUUAUGGAGCCUGAACAGUCAAAUUAUUUUUCUAUCAAAUUGAAAGGAAAGGAUCAAAAGGAAGUCAGAGCUCAGGUGAACCCAAAAACCAAGAUUAAAACGAUUGCAGAAUUUUAUCUGAGCAAGGUAGGCCUAGACCCAAACACCAGGAUUCGGCUAGUCUUCGAUUACGAAGAGCUGGAUUUGAGCGCGAAUGUGGAGCAUACCGAGCUGGAGGACGGUUACUUAGUCGACGUGGAAUUACUCUAA